UUGUAGUCUCAUAAAACGCACAAAAUAGCAUAUAAGAAUAUAAUAGAGAAGUAAUAAUACGACAAAAAAUGCACAAACUAUCAAAAAAAUUGUCCUGAUAAGAUACGCGACAAUGCAAAUCUGCAGCGUCUGAACGCGCUCCUCUGAAACUGUGCAAUGCAAUCAAAUAGCAGUAGAACCGCUCUAAGUGCACAAUCAUCGGGUACACCAUCGGCAUCAACGAUCUCGUCAUCCGGAAAGCAACAAGUCGUGGAAUUAUCAGGUUACGUUAUAAUUUUAGUCGAAAAUGUCGAAGGUAAAAUUAAGUUAUACGGCUCACCACCUGAUAGAGAUAAUUUGGAAGUGGGCGAUGAGAUACUCGAGGUUAAUGGAUUGUCAGUUGAAAAUAUAACGCGCACAGAACUCAUACGGCACAUACAUGAUUGUAUAAAAUCGUGUACUAUUUGCCUACGUGUGAGAAAGAAAAAUGACAGUCGAUUGGCUUGGGACAUUGGCAAUUCUGUGCACGACGCCUUCGUCAUUGCUGUGGAGGAACAUGCACGAGAACGUUUACAGCGUUUGGCUGCCUUAAACCGCGUUACACCAGUAGACAUAACCCAAUUGUCAAAAAAG